AUGUCUAUAAAACUUGGUGAUGAUUUUCCAAAUUAUAGACUACGAACAACUUUUGGUAAUAUUCAAUUAUAUAAUUGGCUCGGAAAUAAAUGGGGUAUUUUAUUUUCUUAUCCAGCAGACUUUACACCUGUUUGUACAACUGAAUUAUCACGUGCCGCUAAAUUAGAACCACAUUUUGCUAUGAGAAAUGCAAAAUUAAUAGGUUUAUCAUGCGACAGUAUUGAAACUCAUCGGGGAUGGAUAAAAGAUAUUCAAAGUUACGGUUCUAUAGAUCUACCUUCAGGUGAAUUUCCAUUUCCAAUCAUUGACGAUAGUGAUAGAAAAUUAACUAGGGAACUUGGUAUGAGUGAUCCGGCUGAAUUUGAAAGAAAUGGCUUACCACGUACUGCUCGCGCUGUAUUUUUUAUUGGUCCUGACAAGAAAGUAAAAGCAACAUUACUGUAUCCAGCAGCGUGUGGCAGAAAUUUUGAUGAAAUUCUUCGUCUACUUGAUGCAUUACAGGUCGUUGAUCGUUACCGCGUUGCUACGCCAGUUGAUUGGAAGGUUGGUGACAAAGUUAUGGUCCCACUCAAUGUUGAUGAUAACGAAGUUGAAAAGUAUUUUCCACAAGGUCUUACAGUUAAGAGAGAUCUUCCAAGUGGAAAAGGCUAUAUUCGUACGGCAAAUGUUUAA